CUCUCUAGAGCCAUCUUGGUUUCACCCCCCUGAGUCCACCGCCAAAGGAAGAAGACGAAAGUAGCAGCGCGCGAGACAGAGGUCGGAGCUUAGGAUCGAUGGCAAUGGAGCCGAUCCCGCUGGGGUUCGGGGACGGCAUGGACGCCACGCUCUUCUCCUCCCUCUGGGCCUUCCAGGACGAGGUCCAGCAGCCCCAAGAGAGCGUGGAGGAGCUGAAGCAGAGCCUGCUGGCGGCGACGACGGAGCUGGACGCGUCCAAGGAGGAGCUGCGGCGGAAGGAGCAGACCAUCGCCAAGCUCGCCGACCUCGUGCGCCAGGUGGCCAAGGAGCGCGACGAGGCGCGAGACCAGGCGCAGCAGCUCGCGCUCCUCGCGUCCAAGCAGCCGGCGGCGCAUGCCACGCCGCAGCCGCCCGCGAUGGUCACCUCCAGCGUCACCGACUCGGACUGCAGCCUCGUCUCGUCGCCGGUUGACCCAUUCUUCGACCCGGUCACCUCCUCCGACCGGCGCCGCUGCGGCGGCAACGGCAAGCUGAGCUCGCCCCCGCCGGCGAAGCAGCAGCAGCAGUUUGGCGCGGACGCCGUGCUCGACAUGCUCGCGGGGAAGAGGCCGCUGCCGCCGCGGGGAAGGUUCCUGCAGUCCGUCAUGGAGGCCGGGCCGCUGCUGCAGAACCUGCUCGUCGCCGGCCCGCUCCCGCGGUGGCGCAACCCGCCCCCCGUGCACGCGCUCGACGCGGUUCCUGUCGGCGGCGUCCGCGGCGGAGUCUACGUCGGCGCGACACCCCUCCUUCAUCCCACCAACGCGCUGGGCUACGCCCCCAACGCCAACGCCAACGCUUGCAUGAAGCGGCAGGUGCCCACCAUGGCCAUGGCCGCCGCCAACUGCUCGCCGGGCUUCGUCGCCAAGCGGCACAGGCUGCAUUGA